AUGUCGGAGUUCCCCUUGAAAACGAGCUUGGAAAUGGUGCGAGAUAGAGAGAAAAAGAAAAGUCAUAUGGUGCAUCUCAAUGUGUAUGAUCUUACACCUGCCAACAAUUAUCUUUACCACUUUGGGGUUGGAAUUUUUCAUUCAGGCAUAGAAGUGCAUGGUAUGGAAUACGGAUUUGGAGCGCAUGAGUUCCCAACAAGUGGUAUAUUUGAGGUGGAACCCAGGAAUUGUCCUGGUUUCAUCUUCAGACGUUCAAUAUCCUUAGGUAGCACUAAUAUGUCUUAUUCAGAAUUUCGUUCUUUCAUGGAGUGCCUUUCUACAAAAUAUCAUGGAGACAGUUACCAUUUGAUUGCUAAGAAUUGCAACCAUUUUACUGAUGAAGUUUGCCAACAACUAACUGGAAAGCCUAUUCCAGCAUGGAUAAAUCGAUUGGCUCGUGUUGGUUCUUUCUGUAAUUGUCUUCUGCCAGAAAGCCUUCAAGUUGCUGCUGUUAGACAUCUCCCUGAACAUCUUGAUCUUUCUGAUGAUGAAGGAUCAGAAUAUGAUGGCAUUUCUGAGUCAGAUGAGAGUGAAGUGGAGGAGGAUUCCGAUCACCAUCUGUUGGCUACACCUAAUAAUAGUACUGAUGUCACCAUUAUAAAGGAAAAACCAAUGACUCUAUCACGGGACGACCUAUGA